AUGCUGCACUGGGUUCACGAGAAGUAUGCGACCACGUCCUUUCAUGUGCAGCACAUGAACGAAACGGAACUGCCAGCUGUGAAAUCAGCAAUCUAUCAAGGUCUUGUGGCCCUUUAUCCUAAACAGGCAUUCACUGUGGUCUGUGUGGAUGGAGCAGUGAGCUAUCAAGCCGACUCCAACAGGUAUUGCGUCGAAGGUAACAUGGACCACAAUUGUUACGUAUUUAUGUUGUAA